AGGAAGAGGGAGCGAGGCAGCCGAGCUAGCGGUUUUCUGACUGUCGUCCUUUUUAAACACAUUUAUUUGAAUAAAAAGUUAUAUUUAAGAUGUCCGAGGAGCUGCGGGCAGAACUGGAGAAACGUUUGGAAUCUUUAAACAUCCAGACGACCUGCGUGGAACACCCGCCGGUUUUCACAGUGGAAGCGAUGAUGCCUCACCUCCAGGACGUGAGAGGCGCCGUCUCCAAGAACCUUUUCCUCAAAGACAAAAAGAAGAAAACUUUGUGGUUGGUGUCGACGCGUCACGACCGACAGGUGAACCUGAAUGAGCUGGCCAAGAAGCUGUCGGUGGGCAGCGGGAACCUUCGCUUUGCAGACGAGGCCACCAUGCUGGACAAACUUAAGGUGGGCCAGGGAUGCGCCACGGCUCUGGCUCUGCUCUUCGACAAGGACUGUAGCGUCACCUUGGUCUUGGACCGAGACCUGCUGGAAGGGGGCCACGACAUGGUCUAUUUUCACCCCAUGACUAAUAGCGCCACAAUGGGGAUUAGGCCCCAAGACCUGCUGCACUUCCUCAAGGACACCGGACACGAACCCGUCCUGGAGGACUUUGAGUAAAUGAGAAGAACUGCAAGAAGAUUCCGAUUUUGGGAUGGGAGAAGCAUUACAGGCAACACAUAAAUCAUGCAGCGAAGUGAGCGGUCGCCGACAGCGCAGCACAAGAUGAAGAAGCGCAGAUAAUGUCGUCACUUGCAGGAAUGUUCCUGCAGUGCGCCCCCUUUUACUCUCUCUCACACACACACACACACACACACACACACACACACACACGCACCCCUUUAACCGCAUCACUAAUGAGAAUGUAUUGUUGCAUUGUUGAUGAAAUUAGCAAAUGAAUAACUGCUCCCCACUGACGUUCUGUUCCCAGGCAUUCUUUCACUCCGCACGGCUGCGCGUGAGCAUUUCCUAUCGUAGUUUUAAUCCCAUUGAAACAUUAAAAAAAAAAAAAAACGUCUUAAAUGAGCGCUAAUUGUUUUUAGUUGAGCGUUCAACAAAACAAGUCACAUUUGCUUUCAGUGUUUCAAGGUGGUCAGAUGCGAGGAAGUGGGGACCUGCAUUUCAUAAUAAAAGCGUUCAGACCCC